GUUGAUACGUCACUUCCAACAGAAGUGCUUCUUCUAACUGAGGGGAAAGCUGUUGUGUUUGUUAUCGAGUGUCAUUAAUAUUCUUCUGAAUAAUAUUGGGUGCUGUUGUCAAUCAGAUAAAAAGAUAAUAUGUUCUCCUUCAACAUGUUCGAGCCCCAUGUGGGUCGGGUCUUCCAGAACCGCUUCUCCACUCAGUACCGCUGUUACUCUGUGUCCAUGCUGGCGGGGCCCAAUGACCGUUCAGAUGUAGAGAAAGGAGGAAAGAUAAUUAUGCCUCCAUCUGCUUUGGACCAGCUGAGCAGACUUAAUAUCACCUAUCCCAUGCUGUUCAAACUCACCAAUAAGAAUUCAGACAGAAUGACACAUUGUGGCGUUCUGGAGUUUGUGGCUGAUGAAGGAAUCUGUUAUCUCCCUCAUUGGAUGAUGCAGAACUUGCUGUUGGAAGAAGGAGGUUUGGUCCAGGUGGAGAGUGUCAAUCUCAUGGUGGCCACAUAUUCCAAAUUUCAGCCUCAGAGUCCAGACUUCCUGGAUAUCACAAACCCUAAAGCUGUAUUAGAGAAUGGAUUGAGAAGUUUCGCCUGUUUGACCACAGGAGAUGUGAUUGCAAUCAACUAUAAUGAAAAGAUCUACGAGUUGCGUGUCAUGGAGACUAAACCAGACAAGGCCGUGUCCAUCAUUGAGUGUGAUAUGAAUGUGGACUUUGAUGCUCCUCUUGGUUAUAAAGAACCAGAAAGACACAUGCAAAAUCCUGAAGAACCAGCGGAGGAAGAAACAGAUCCUAGUAACUAUGAGAUGGACCUUGGCUUUAGAGCAUUUACAGGCUCUGGGAAUCGUCUAGACGGGAAGAAAAAAGGAAUUGAGCCCAGUCCAGCACCCAUCGACCCCAGUGACAUCAAACGUGGAAUUCCUAACUAUGAAUACAAAAUAGGAAGGAUCACCUUCAUCCGAAAUGCACGACAACAGCCCCGCAAAAUAGACACGGAUGAAUCUGCCAGUAACUUCAUUGCGUUCUCUGGGGAAGGACAGUCCUUGCGCAAAAAGGGCAGAAAGCCGUGAACACAUACUACAAUGUGCUUAUUUGUGCAGUGUUUGAGAGACUCUCAACAUGGACGUUUUCCAGAAAGUCAUGAUGAUGGAAUUGUUUUACGACUGGUUUGAUAUAUUGAAUGCAUUGUUUUUCAGAAUUUAAGUAAAGAUUAC